AUGACUUCUCCUAUGAAGAGCCUUUCAUUAGACAAUGAAAGGUUCCACAAGUGCUUCCGGAUUUCCCGUCAGGUGGCUUCGGAGCAUCAAGCUAUGUAUAAAUUCAUUCGUGAGAAUCUUCCUGGCAUCCUUGCAAGCACUUUGGAGGGCAAGACUACCUUUGAUGUUGUUUCACUUGGGAGUGGUACAGGGGAGGUGGACCUGGAGAUACUUUCACAGCUGCGUAAGGUUUUACCAGAUGUGAAGGUGGACUGUGACAUGGUGGAACCCAGUGAGCCGAUGCUGGAGAAAUGCAAAGAACUUGUGUCAGGAACUCCCAGCUUGGACAAUGUAAACUUCACGUGGAAUCAGAUGACUGCCUCUGAGUUUGAGAAGCACUGGAGAGACAGACAGCCAGAGAAGAAAUUAGACUUCAUUCAUAUGAUUCAGAUGCUGUAUUAUGAAGCCAAUCCCGCUGCCACUGUCUCGUUUUACCAGAGUCUCUUGAAUAAGGAUGGAAAGCUUCUCAUCAUACUUAAUUCUGGAGAGUGCGGAUGGAGCAAGCUGUGGCGCAUUUAUGGGAAUGAGCUGUAUCGCAGAGAAUUGAAGCUGACUCUCACUGCGGCAGACAUCAAGCGCUACCUCACUGCCGAAGGAAUCAGUUUUGAAGCCUUUGUGUUGCCUUCGACAAUCGACGUCACAGACUGCUUCAUCCCUGGUGAUGAGAAUGGGGAACUGCUACUGGAUUGGCUCACCUCGGUGGUGGACUUCAGACACAGCGCGCCUCCAGCGCUGAAAGCCGGCGUGAUGAACCUCCUGCAUAGCCCUGACUGCAGCACUGAGGUGAAUGGGAGAACUCUAUUUAAUUGUAAUCUGGAGGUUUUGGUUCUAGGCCAAUAAGUGUGGAAGACAAGGAGGGAAGGCAAAAGAGUGAUAUAACCUUCUUAUUCAUGAGUAAACCAAUCAAACACACACACACAUAUUGUGAAGUGGAUUGAGUUGAUUCAUUUAAUAAUAAAUAAUAAAAUAUUGCUGAGAUUGAUAAAAUAGGCAUAUAGUCUGCUGAAGUCUGCUAAACAAAGAGUGAAAAGAAAAAGGUGAAGCCAAUAGAAGGACAAGAUCAGUCUGGAAAUAACAUUCUGGAUUUGAUACAUGUAACCCAAAAGGUGCAGGUAUUUGGAAAAACUGAGAAGUAUGCUUAGAAUCAGAACUCUUUGUAGUUAGUCAAGUUAAGUCUAGAGGUGAUCCUGUGUGUGUGUUGACCCUUGUAGUUUGGGAGCCAAUAUCAUAUUAGCUGAAGGAAACAGUUUAAUGGCUAAUGGGAAAACAAAAAAUGAUAUGGAGGUGAAAUAAUUUCUGACCAAUGAACAUGAA